GCCCAGCAUGUAGAACUGUCGAAUUGCUAAAGAAAAUGAUAUCUUACGGAAUGAAUAUUGCUCGUCUUAACUUCUCGCAUGGAACGCAUGAAUAUCACGCGGAAACUGUUAAAUUGGUUCGAGAGGCAGCUGAAACUUUUCAACCAUUCAAUAGACCAGUUGGAAUAGCUUUGGAUACUAAAGGGCCAGAAAUUAGAACAGGAUUGAUACAUGGUUUCUACUAA